UGGCGAUACAUAUCUUUCCCCUUGAAAUACUCUGCCUUGGCGCCUGAACCAACAGCAGCUUUCGCUUCUCCUCGCCGGAGCGCCAAGAAACCAAGAACCCACCGCCUCUGCUCUCCAGCGGCAGAUGGAGCAGUUCCAGGACGGCCACCACGUGCGGCUGCGGAGCCGCGAGCGCGGCAUGUACCUGCACGCCGACGAGGACGGGCGUGGCGUCUCCCUCCACCACCGCCGGGCGUCGAUGAACGCGGCUUGGGUGGUGCACUUGUACCACGGCCACGCGGAGUACGUGCUCCUCCACAGCGCCGCCUACGGUCGCUACCUCGCCGCCACGGACGCGCCGGCGCCGCUAGGCCACCGCGGGCUCCGCGUCGAGCUGCGCGACUACGGACAGCCGGAGGUGCAGGCCAUCAUGUGGAAGGCCGACGGGGCCGACUCUGGGAACGACGUCCUUCUCUGGCAGUUCACCGGCCGCUGCCUCCGCGCCAACGGGAGGUACCUCAGCUGGAACAAUGGCGUCAGCGCCGAGGACAUCGAGGACACCUACAUCGUCAGCACGAUGAUGCACUGGGUAGUGGAGCCCAUCCCCGCCAGGGAGGGCACGCCUCCCCUUCCACGUCCGACUGGGCUUCCCUUCCCCGGAAUACUCACUGCCCUGCUGCCGUCGCGGCUGAUCGUGUACGUGCGGGCGGGCGCCGACGGGACCCUCAUGAACCACGGCGCGUUGGUGUUCAGGGGCAGGUCCGUGGUCCGGCUGAGGAAGAAGCUGGUCCGCCGGCUGGGUGACAUCAUGGACGUCUCCAACCUCGUCAUGUGCGUCGAAGCGGGUAGUUUCGGGCGUCUUACUCCACUGGUCGUCGACCUGCCCCGCAGUGUCCGGGGCCUCCACAUCGUCGUCUUCGCGGCCGCCCAUGCGGAGGUGCGGUACGCGGAUGUCGAUGCAUUGUAGAGAAAGAACAGAGAAGGACUCCUGACUGCCGCUUCACAGAUCAGUCCUUCAGAGUGUCGCGGCAGAAGUCACGUGAAUCCAAACUUUUUUGCACUGAGAUAGUGGUUCAGGAAAACCCAGCAGUUGUCGUAUUUCUGCAACGUACUAAACUUGGUCCAUUAUCCUGACAGUAGAAAAUCCAUUUUGGGUUGGUCUCGCUGUUCUAAAAUCCAGAAACUGCUUGGACAAUGAUGUGAUCACAUUAGUCUGUAAUGUUUGCGCUUCUUAUUCUGUUGCCGGCUGGGUUU